AUGAACCCGCCGGACGAAAACGCCAUAACGCGGAAAAUCAACCAGCUGCGGAAGAAGCGGCAAGAAGGACCGCCGCGAAAGGAACGCACCUAUGAAGACCUCCUGCAAGAAAUGGAGAAUUGCGUAAGAAUACGCAACGGAUACAAAAUAAGCUCUAUCCUUAAGCUAACACAACUUCCAUUAAUAAUUGAUCAUUACACCAUUAUCAAAACGUUAUGUAACCGGAACAGCAUCAAUUGGGAUUUCCUCCUCAACACAGGAUGCAAAUUUCUUUCAUCCUUUAUUCAUCUAUAUAGUGAAAAUUUGUGGUUACUACCAUACCUAUUAACCAUUUGCUCCUUCCUAAAUACGAUAAGUACCUUGGCGGACUCCUACUACAACACCAGUACCAAAAAUGACAUAUAUAAUGAAGAAAACGAAGAUAUUAAUGAGAAAAACAAAUACACAAUAGAAGUACUGAACUCUAUUCGAGGCAAAAUAGGGAUAGUUAAAGGAGACAUAGAAAAACAUGGAGGGUUUGUCAUCCUCAUGUUUCAAUCAAUAAAGCUUUGCAUGAAAUUGAAUAAUAUGCAAAUAACAACAAGUUUUUUAAAGAUAAUUAACUCGACAGAUAUAGGAUACUCCUAUAUCCCCAAGUCUUUUAUUGUCCUGUUUAAGUACCAACUAGGUAAAUUAUAUUUGCAUAAAAUGGAUUAUGAAAAAGCAGAGAAGGAAUUUAUUUGGGCAUUUUCUAACUCAAGGAAGGGAAAAACAGAUUUUAAAAAAAAAUUACUGGAGAGUAUUAUAUCUAUUCGUUUGAACAAAGGACUUUACCCUCCGAAGAGAUUAGUACAGGAUUAUGAACUGACCAUUUAUAUGGAUAUUAUUCACUCCAUUAAACAGGGGAAUAUAUUCCUUUACAAUCGUGUCUUAGAUAGACACUCUAAGUACUUCUUCGACAACGGGUUGAAUGAAUGCAUCGAUCAGAUUCACUUCGUCGUCAAACGUAACCUUCUCAAAAUUGCUGUUGACUGGUGGAAUGAAACCAUUAAGGAUAAUCCAAAUAAGUUGUAUAAAGUUCCCAUUUGUAUUUUUCAUCACGUUUUUAAUUGGGCCCAAAUAACCCAGCAUCACCAUCACUUGGAGACCCUCUGCAUUAUUACCUCGCUCAUUCUUUUUAAGUACAUAAAUGCGUACGUUGCUUAUGAUAGCAACAUCCUCGUGCUUAGCAAGAACGACCCCUUUCCCUCGCUCUCCAAGUCUCGCAUGGGGCCCCGGGGCGCCGUGGAUAAGGCCUACGCUUGA